UUUUUUUAUAUCCUCAUUUUUCUUUCCUUAUUUUUUCUAAACUUCUCUUCAAAAGCUUCAACAUUCCCCAACAACAAACAAUCACCAUGGCCAAUCCGCCCCCGGUUCGACCAUGGUUCCGAUUAACCUCCAUCCGCCCCGCACCCGCACCUGCUCCUGCUCCUGCACCCGCACCCGCACCUGCACCCGAGCCUCGCCCUGUUAUGUCUCUACCUACAUUUAGAACCUCUUCAGCACCAUCAUCACCUCAUCAUCAAACUCAACCUCAAGAAAAGAAAACCGAACAAGCACCUUCAUCUCCACCUCAGAGAACACUAGGUCCCAACUCUUAUAAUUCUUCAUCUUCUUCACUUCCAUCUUCUCCUAUUCAUAAGCCAACACAUUAUUCAAGUAGUUCUUCUUCACCCGAGAAAACUAAAACCAACUCUUCUCGUGUCCCGAUUCCAACUCAAUCUCCGAAAACCAUUAAACAAAAUGUCCUUACCCCGACACAUUCACCAAAGGCAAAAUCCAUUGCUUCACCACCCUCUCCUCUGUCUCUCCCACCUUCUCAGUUCAAAACUCAUGAAGAAGAACGCUCUAAGAUACCAAUGGAGGCUGAGCCUAAAGCUGUGCUAGUACAGAAAACCGUCGAUGUGCCUAAGCCGUGGCACAAUGGCAACGACGAAUUGCAUAGGGAGACUCAUAAUAAUCAUAGCAAUUCUUCUCAUCAUGGAAACAAACAUAGCGGCAAUGGCGAGUUUCAUAGGGAGACACAAAAUCAUCACAAUUCUUCUCAUCAUGGAAACAAGCAUGUUACUGUCAGAGAAAGAGAAUCGAAGGAGAGAAAGUUUUCGGAUUCUGAAGAUUCUGGCAUGAGAGUGAUAACAAUUGCAGGUGAAAACCGAGGAGCUUAUAUGGAACUUGUUCAAUCCCAAAAGAAACACGGACCGAAUUAUCUUCACAAGAAGGGAAACUUAAAAUCAAACAGUAUCAAAGUUGAUGGUGGCGAAUCAGAGAGUUCAAGUGCUGAGGAAGGAAAAAUGAUAAGCAAGAAAGAUAAGAACCAAAAGGGAAGAACAAAAUCUUCAUUUCCAAUGGCUGCAUACAUGAACAGCAAUGUGCAGUGUGUGAAUAACUCUCUACUGUUUCAUGCUUCUUGCUCACACCAUGAUCCAGGAGUGCGUCUAUCUCUUUCAAAGAAGCCAUUUGGUGAAGGCUACCAUGUGAAGGAACGUGUCGAUGGUCGUGGCUAUAAUUGAUUGUGGUUGGUUCUUUGUGUUUCUGGUUUGUGGUAUGGUGAAUAAAGGUUGAAGAUUCUGUCCACUGUCUUUGGUGGAAAAUAAAUGUAUGAUGCAUGCAUGCAUGCAUUGCUUUUGUGUAUGGUUGAUAAUCUUUAUAGCUAUUUAUGUAUGUUUUGCAAUAAGUUUGUAAGUCCUAUAAUGUUUAAAUAUAAUUGUUCUGAUUGAUUGAAAACUGUGUUUUGUUC